AUGUCCGAGAUUGAUCUGGGAGAUCGUCGCGGCCUGAUCGCUCUCGCAUACGGGACCCCGGGCGACCCCAUAAACUCGACGAAUGCCUCGAACUCCACCCUCGACAAUUCCGCCAAACGUCCACUCACCAAGGAGACACCAAAAAACACCGAACCAAAGCAACCGAAAAAGUCCAAAAGAAUCGCGUGCGCCCCGGCGACCUGUUGCUUCUUGUUGAUCUGUGCAAUUCUUGGAUGUCUACUGUCAGCAUUAGUAGCCUAUGGACUGACCAAACAAGCAUUCGACAAUCACGGCUCCGUUCUCCCCUUCGUCCCGGAUCCGAGAUAUAAUUUAACUCGCCCUGAGAAUGCGGCAGAUUAUGAAGACGAUGGGGAGGAAGAAAAUAUUAUUGGUCCAACAUUGGAUGAAAUGCGUCUUCCAAAAGCUAUCAUGCCAAUUUGGUAUAAUCUGACUGUAAAGGUGUAUCUCCCUGGUUUUGUGCCGCUGACCAAAGAAAACAAUUUGACCUACGAUGCCUCGGUCACGAUCAAGAUAAAAGCCAUCGAAGAAACUGAUAAAAUUGUUCUAAACGCUAAGGGGUUGGACCUGGAUUUAAGCCCAGGCAAUUUCCGGGUUAUGGAAGAUCGGCAGCGAGCAAAGCGAGUGCCAAGAGAAACUACAAACUCUACUUUGACGGAAGGAUUCAAUGCAACUGAAAUUGAACAAAAGGAUACCUUGAGUACUACGACUGAAAGAUCGAACCAAAUCCCCGAAGUCAACGGCCCUGUGGAAUCAAAAACCAAGGCCACCAAAAUUAGCUUCAACGAGACGUUAGAACUCUUGACGAUAAAGCUUGGCGAGAAGCUGCCUGUCGGAAAGGAGCUAUACCUCAAGUUUGCACUAACUGCCAAGAUUCGACCGCUGAUGAGUGGCCUCUACUAUAGCACAUACAAAUUGCAAAAUGGAACGGAACGAAUAAUCGCUAUGACUCAAAUGCAGCCAGCUUCGGCGCGGAAGUUUGUACCUUGUUUUGAUGAGCCACAGUUUAAGACGCCUUGGAAAGUGAAGAUCAUUCAUCCUAAAGGCUCUAAUGCCAUUUCUAAUGGUAUUGAGGAAGAGGAGGCGGUUGGUGUACCGGAUUCAAGUGAUUGGGUUUACUCAACAUUCCGCGAGACGCCACCUUUGGCCUCAUAUCUGUUAGCACUUUCCGUCAACGAUUUUGACUAUAUCGAAGGGAAAAGCGAGAGCGGGGUCCGACUCCGAAUCUGGUCUCGACCGUCAGCCAUCAACCAGACCCAAUAUGCGCUCGAAAUUGCUACUAAAGCGUUGGGAUAUUAUGAAAAGUACUACGAUAUUCCGUUCCCGAUGCAGAAACAAGAUAUGAUUGCCGUCCCUGCUUUUGACGCCGGCGCGAUGGAAAAUAUGGGAUUGAUAGCUUAUCGAGAAAGUGUACUUUUGUAUGAUCCAAGGACGUAUCGCUUAACAAAUAAGCAACGUGUUGCCACGACAAUCUGCCAUGAAUUGGCUCACCAGUGGUUUGGCGAUCUCGUCACGAUCAGCUCGUGGAACGACAUUUGGCUGAACGAAGGAUUCGCGACAUUUUUGGAAUAUAAGGCCCUAGAAUAUGCGACGGGAGGAGCCCUGGACAUUGCCACCGCUUUUGAUUUGCGCGAACGAGCGAGGGCUUUCAUGAAGGAUUCCAAAUCCUCGUCCCAUCCGCUUUUCUAUAAUCUGACCACCUAUGAUGAAGUCCAUGGAGCUUUUGAUUAUAUUAGUUAUAGCAAGGGUGCCGCUUUCUUGAAAAUGCUUGAGGGCGUCUUGGGUGAACAAGCUUUCCAGAAAGCUUUACAGAACUAUCUAAAGAGGCAUCUGAAUGGCAAUGCAAAUUCGACGGAUUUGUUCCUGGAGUUGAACGACGCUGUACCAAAAGACCUUCUGGGGUGGGAUGGAAAACGACUUGACGUUGUCGAUUUUGCCGCGAAAUGGACACAGCAGAUGGGAUAUCCAGUCGUCGAAAUUACGCGACUUGAUAAUGCGACCGUUGAAAUUACGCAACGUCGUUUUAAGGAAAAUUCCUUGACGCAUGAAUCUUCUCGGUAUCGCAACGCUCGAUUUUGGUAUAAAUGGGAUGUGCCACUGUGGAUUAUGAUUGAUGGAGAGAUGCAGCCGUUGCAAUGGCUGCAUGAAGCCUACCGUUUGAACGUCACCGAAGAUAAAUUGGUAAUAGUAAACCCGGAAUCAACCGGAUAUUACCGAGUCAAUUACGACCAGCGUGGAUGGGAGGCUAUUCAGCGGCAGCUUGAAGCCGAUCAUACGAAAAUUCCAACCUCCGCACGCCAUCGUUUAAUUGAUGACGCCUUUACUUUGGCAGGAGCGAACCAAUUACCAUACGAGACCGCCUUUAAUAUCACCUCCUACCUCUCGAAUGAAGAAGAAACCCUUCCCUGGAUUGUGGCUAUCCAAGGAUUCCGAGAUGUUUUGAUGAAUUUUGAUUAUCAACCGGACAGUGAGGGGAUCCAGAAAUUUGCCCUUCAACGCCAUGAACCCCUAUUUAACAAAAUCGAUCUGUCAGCAGUUGAUUAUACCGAAGACAAGGAUUUUGCAAAGAGUAUUCUGACGAGUACUGCUUUCGAAAGUUAUUGUGCUCUCAACGCGCCAGCUUGCAUUGAGAAAGCUAAAGAAUUUUUCCAAAAGAAUUUGCUGGAAAGCUGUGCAGCUGAUAAUGCCACCGCUUCUGAGUGUAGCACCGUCCCGGUCCACAUUCGUGACUCCGUAUAUUGCUAUGGAUUGCAAAAUGGGUCACCGGAAGCUUUUGAAAAAAUGAAAAAUCUAACGAUGGCCGAAACGGAGAGCGUCGAGCGCGUUCGUCUCCUCGGAGCUCUGGGAUGUACAAAUAGCCCAUACCUUUUACGAAAAAUUAUUCACGAUGCUUUGAAUGGGUCAAUCAAGGUUGUAGAUACCGAUCUACCCUCAAUUAUGACGACGGCUUCAUUACAACCGGUUGGUCGAUUGGUACUGACUAAUAUGAUGAUGGACAAUUGGAGAGAGUUGUACGAAAAAUUCAAGGAUAGUCAAUUUCUAAUCCGUGAUUUGGUAUUAUAUGGAACUCGUGCAGUCAAUGAACGAGAAAAGCGAGAGCUUGAAUAUUUCCUCCAAAAAUACCCGGGCUCAACGAAACGGAUCAGCCCAUGGCGAGACCUCGUCGAAAAGGCGAAAACAGCAAUGGAAUGGAGUCGAAACCAUCGCAAGCAUCUAGUCGAAUACUUUGCAAAGCAAAAUGCAGCCAAGACCGAGCUA